GAGGGCCCCAGCGCCUGGAUGGGCUGCUCAAACGCUGCCGCGGGGUCACAGACACGCUGGCCCAGAUCCGAAGGCAAGUGGACGAGGGUGUGUGGCCGCCCCCCAACAACCUCCUGAGCCAGUCCCCUAAGAAGGUGACCGCCGAGACUGACUUCAACAAGAGCUUGGACUUUGAAAUGCCACCGCCCAGCCCUCCGCUCAACCUCCACGAGCUGAGUGGGCCAGCUGAGGGAGCCCCUUCCACCCCCAAGGGGGGCAACCCCACCAAAGGCCUGGACGCUCUUGGCAAGAGAAGCGUGGACAAGGCUGUGUCUGUGGAGGCUGCUGAGCGGGACUGGGAGGAGAAGCGGGCGGCCCUGACCCAGUAUAGCGCCAAGGACAUCAAUCGGCUGCUGGAGGAGACACAGGCGGAGCUGCUGAAGGCCAUCCCUGACCUGGACUGUGCGAGCAAGGCCCACCCAGGCCCGGCCCCCACCCCUGACCACAAGCCCCCCAAGGCCCCCCACGGCCAGAAGGCAGCCCCCCGAACGGAGCCCAGUGGAAGGAGGGGCUCAGGUACGGGGGAACAUAGGGGCCGGUGA